AUGUUCGCCCGAUCUGCAUUCCGCGCUGCUCAGCCUUUGAGGUCUGUUCGUCGAUAUGCCACUGAGGCUGGAGGUGCUGGAGGAUCCAAUGCUCUUCUCUACGGCGCUGGAGCUGCUGCCGUUGGAGGUGCUGGCUACUGGUACUUCAGCAAGGGUGGAGCUCCCUCUGCUGCGGCCGCUGCUGCUGAUGUGAAGCAGGCCGUUGGUGUUGAGCCCAAGAAGACCUUCACCGGUGGUGACCAGGGUUUCGUUUCCCUGAAGCUUUCAGAUGUUGAGCUUGUCAACCACAACACCAAGCGUCUACGCUUUGAGCUUCCCGAGCCCGAUCAAGUCUCUGGUCUGCACGUUGCCAGCGCCAUUCUUACAAAGUACAAGGGCCCUGAAGAUGAGAAGGCUACUCUCCGACCCUACACCCCUAUCAGCGAUGAAAACGAGAAGGGUUUCAUCGACUUGCUCGUUAAGAAGUAUCCCAAUGGUCCUAUGAGCACACACCUCCACAACCUUGUUCCCGGCCAGCGCCUCGACAUCAAGGGUCCUCUGCCUAAGUACACCUGGGAGGAGAACAAACACGACCACAUUGCCCUCAUUGCCGGUGGUACUGGCAUCACCCCCAUGUACCAGCUCGCUCGCGCUAUUUUCAACAACCCCAACGACAAGACUAAGGUCACCCUUGUCUUCGGCAACGUCUCCGAGCAGGACAUCCUUCUGAAGAAGGAGUUUGAGCGCCUCGAGAACACAUUUCCCCAACGUUUCCGUGCUUUCUACGUCCUCGACAACCCCCCCAAGGAGUGGGUCGGCAACAGCGGCUACAUCUCCAAGGAGCUCCUCAAGACUGUUCUCCCUGAGCCCAAGAACGAGAACAUCAAGCUGUUUGUCUGUGGCCCUCCCGGCCUCAUGAACGCCAUCUCCGGAAACAAGGUCAGCCCCAAGAACCAGGGUGAGCUGACCGGUGCCCUUAAGGAGCUUGGCUACAAGGAGGACCAAGUGUACAAGUUCUAA